CACACUCACUCAUAUACACUCUCUCUCUAAGUCGUCGUCCCCUACGGUCAUCGCUCUUUUUAUAGUGUGCCCAGAAACCUCCUCUCCUCCGAUAUUUCAUCAAAUUCACCAAACCAUACUCGAGCUUCGCUCUCUGAUUCAUCAAUGGCGGAUACCUAUUGACCCAAGUACAUCUGAAAUCCGAACCCAUUGAGAUAAAGUGUUGGAUUACUCAGAAAAUGGAGAUCCGUCUUAGAUCAGGGUUCUGUUCUGUUCUUCUAAUCAUUCUGGUUUGCUUUGGACCACGUGGUUUUGGUUCUGUCUCUGCUCAGAAUCGAAGACCCAAGAAUGUUCAAGUUGCAGUUCAGGCUAAGUGGUCAGGCACUCCAUUACUAUUGGAAGCUGGUGAAUUAUUAUCCAAAGAAUGGAAGAAUCUAUUCUGGGACUUCACAGAGGGCUGGCUUAAUAGUGAGAAAGAUGAUGUUGAGACUUAUAGUAGUGCUAAGGAUUGUCUGAAGAAAAUUUUAAGACAUGGGCGCUCUCUUUUAAGUGAACCAUUGGCAUCGAUGUUUGAAUUCUCUCUUACUCUGAGAUCAGCCUCCCCAAGAUUGGUGCUUUACCGACAACUAGCUGAGGAGUCCCUUUCAUCUUUUCCUUUUUCUGAUGAAAAUGGUGUUGCUGGGGAGCUUUCAGAAACAAAUGAGUAUGUGCCGACUAAAAAGUCAGAUCUCUUAACUGUUGGUGUAAACCCAAAAAGCCCUGGUGGAAAAUGCUGUUGGGUAGAUAAUGGUGCCACCCUGUUCUUUAAUGUUGCAGAACUACAAUUGUGGCUUCGCAGCACUACUCGUACUGGAGAUUCAUUUCAGCAGCCUGAACUUUUUGACUUUGAUCACAUCCAUUUUGAUUCGAGUAUUGGAAGUCCAGUUGCUAUCCUUUAUGGAGCUCUUGGAACAGAUUGCUUUAGAGAGUUUCAUUUCACUCUCGUCCAUGCUGCCAAAGAGGGAAAAGUUAAGUAUGUUGUCAGACCUGUAUUACCUUCAGGCUGUGAAGCACAAUUUGGCCAUUGUGGUGCAGUUGGCACACAAAAUUCAGUAAACCUGGGUGGUUAUGGUGUAGAACUCGCUUUGAAGAAUAUGGAAUAUAAGGCUAUGGAUGACAGUACAGUAAAGAAAGGUGUCACGUUGGAAGAUCCUCAUAUUGAAGACCUCAGCCAAGAUGUUAGAGGGUUCAUAUUCUCUAAAAUUCUGGAACGCAAACCUGAACUAACAUCAGAAAUAAUGGCUUUUCGGGAUUCUCUAUUAUUUACAACAAUAUCUGAUACCCUUGAUGUUUGGGAGCUAAAAGAUUUAGGACAUCAAACUGCACAGAGGAUAGUUCAGGCAUCUGAUCCUCUGCGGUCAAUGGAAGAAAUCAAUCAAAAUUUUCCUAACAUUGUUUCUUCUUUAUCUCGUAUGAAGCUGAAUGAUUCAGUAAAAGAUGAGAUAAUUGCAAAUCAGCGAAUGAUCCCACCUGGCAAGUCGUUAAUGGCACUCAAUGGUGCUUUAAUCAAUAUGGACGAUGUGGACCUUUAUCAGAUGGCUGACUUGGUACAUCAGGAUUUAUCAAUGGCUGAUCAGUUUUCAAAACUCAAGAUUCCUUCUACCUCUAUACGUAAACUCCUGUCAACUAUGCCUCCCCCAGAUUCCAGUACGUUCCGUGUUGAUUUUCGCUCAUCUCAUGUUCAUUAUCUUAAUAACUUGGAAGAAGAUGCCAUGUAUAAGCGGUGGAGGAGCAAUUUAAACGAGAUUUUGAUGCCAGUGUUCCCUGGACAACUUCGUUACAUACGGAAGAACCUUUUCCAUGCGGUUGCUAUUAUUGAUCCAGCUACCAUAUGUGGCCUUGAGUCAAUUGACAUGAUGUCAUCUUUGUAUGAGAAUAGUUUUCCAAUGAGAUUUGGGGUUAUACUGUAUUCAUCAAAGUUGGUCAAGCAGUUUGAAAAUGGCGGUGGUGAAAUGCAUUCUUCAACAGAGAAAGACAAUCAGAAUGAAGAUUUGUCGAGUUUGAUUAUACGUCUCUUCAAUUAUGUAAAGGAAAACCACGGGAUUCAAACAGCUUUUCAGUUUCUGAGCAAUAUAAAUAAACUGCGGACUGAAUCAGAUGGCCUUGCUGAUGAUGCUCUAGAAAUGCACCAUGUGGAAGGAGCAUUCGUUGAAACUGUGUUGCCAAAGGCAAAAUCUCCUCCUCAAGAUUUAUUACUGAAGCUAGAGAAGGAACAAACUUUCAAGGAACUGUCUGAGGAAACUUCGCUCUUUGUCAUUAAGCUGGGUUUGGCUAAGCUGCAAUGUUCCUUGUUAAUGAAUGGACUUGUCAUCGAUUCAAAAGAGGAGGCUCUUAUUAAUGCGAUGAAUGAUGAGCUCCCCAGAUUACAGGAGCAAGUUUACUAUGGGCAUAUAAACUCACACACAGAUGUGCUUGACAAAUAUCUUUCAGAAAGUGGUAUCAGUCGCUAUAAUCCCCAGAUUAUUGCUGAUGGAAAACCACGUUUCGUUUCUAUGUCUGCAUCCAUCCUUGGAGAGGAAAAUGUUUUAAGCAAUAUUAAUUACUUGCAUUCUCCUGAAACUGUUGACGAUUUGAAGCCUGUGACUCAUCUUCUCGCUGUUGACGUUACAUCAAAAAAUGGGUUGAAGUUGCUUCAUGAAGGCUUACGCUAUCUGAUGGAAGGAUCUAAACUUGCUCGAUUGGGUGUGUUGUUUAGCUGCAAUCAUGAAACUGAUGCUUAUAGUCUCUUUUUCAUGAAGGUGUAUGAAAUCACUGCUUCCACAUAUAGUCAUAAGUUAAAAGUACUAAACUUCUUGGAUCAAUUAUGCUCAUUCUAUGAGCAUAAAUACCUCUCUAUGGCUUCUGGAGCUUUGGGGACCACUCAAGCCUUUAUUGAUAAAGUCUGUGAGCUUGCUGAGCAUAAUGGAUUAUCGUCCAAAAUAUACCGUGCUGCUCUGUCUGAUUUUUCUGCUGAAGAUUUGAAAAAGGGUUUGAGUAAGGUGGCAAGAUUUUUGUACACACAACUUGGGCUUGAAAUGGGUGUCAGUGCUAUCAUUACUAAUGGAAGGGUAACAUUAUCUGUAGAUGGGAAUAUGUUUUUGAGCCAUGAUAUGCAUCUUCUGGAGGCUCUGGAGUUCAAGCAAAGAAUAAAGCACAUUGUGGAAAUUAUUGAAGAAAUAAAGUGGCAUGAUGUGGAUCCUGACACACUUACAAGCAAAUUUAUUAGCGAUAUUGCUAUGGUGGUUUCAUCUUCAAUGGCUACUCGAGAUCGUAGUUCUGAAGGUGCAAGAUUUGAGGUUUUACUCGCAGAACAUAGUGCCGUUCUUUUAGGCAAUGAAAAUGCAAGUAUUCAUAUUGAUGCAGUCAUCGAUCCUUUGAGUCAAUCUGCCCAGAAGGUUUCUUCAAUUCUUCGUGUUUUAUGGAAAUACAUACAGCCAAGCAUGAGAAUUGUACUAAACCCUUUGAGUUCCGUAGUGGAUCUUCCCCUGAAGAAUUACUACAGAUAUGUAGUACCAUCUAUUGACGACUUUAGUAGCACUGAUUACACGAUAGAUGGCCCUAAAGCAUUUUUUGCAAACAUGCCCUUAUCUAAAACCCUGACAAUGAAUCUUGAUGUUCCUGAGCCAUGGCUGGUUGAGCCUGUAAUCGCUGUCCAUGAUAUGGAUAAUAUUUUACUUGAGAAUGUUGGAGACACACGAACACUGCAAGCUGUAUUUGAACUUGAAGCUCUUGUUCUCACUGGUCAUUGUUCUGAGAAAGAUCAAGAUCCACCCAGAGGCCUUCAGCUGAUUCUUGGCACCAAGACUACGCCUCACUUGGUUGAUACACUUGUAAUGGCCAAUCUAGGGUAUUGGCAAAUGAAAGUCUCUCCUGGUGUUUGGUAUUUGCAACUUGCUCCAGGUAGAAGUUCUGAGCUUUAUGUUCUCAAGGAUGAUGGUGAUGGAAAUCAGAACAAACAAUUAUCAAAGCGUAUCACCAUAAAUGAUUUGCGGGGUAAGGUUGUUCAUAUGGAAGUCAUGAAGAAGAAGGGCAAGGAACAUGAGAAAUUGCUGGUCUCUGAUGAUGAUGACAGCACAGACGUUGAUGAUAAAGGAAACAGCUGGAACUCUAACUUUUUGAAAUGGGCUUCUGGUAUUAUUGGUGGAGCUGAACAAUCAAAGAAGAGUAAAAGCACAUCAGUGGAGCAAGGAAAGGGUGGGCGACAUGGAACGACAAUAAAUAUCUUUUCUAUAGCUUCUGGUCACUUAUAUGAACGUUUUCUGAAAAUCAUGAUUUUGAGCGUCUUGAAGAACACCAAUCGUCCAGUUAAAUUCUGGUUUAUAAAGAACUACCUCUCUCCUCAAUUCAAGGAUUUGAUACCUCAUAUGGCUGAAGAGUAUGGUUUUGAGUAUGAACUAGUCACUUACAAGUGGCCUACAUGGUUACAUAAGCAGAAAGAAAAGCAGCGAAUCAUUUGGGCCUACAAAAUAUUGUUCCUGGAUGUUAUUUUCCCUCUUUCUUUGGAAAAGGUCAUCUUUGUCGAUGCAGAUCAAAUUGUCAGAACAGACAUGGGAGAACUCUAUGACAUGGAUAUAAAAGGAAGGCCUCUAGCAUAUACUCCUUUCUGUGACAACAACAGGGAUAUGGAUGGAUAUCGCUUUUGGAGACAGGGUUUCUGGAAAGAACAUCUGCGCGGAAGGCCAUAUCAUAUUAGUGCUUUGUAUGUAGUUGAUUUAAAGAAAUUCCGGCAAACUGCGGCAGGAGAUAAUCUGAGAGUUUUCUAUGAAUCUCUUAGCAAGGAUCCAAACAGUUUAGCUAAUCUGGAUCAGGAUCUUCCAAACUAUGCUCAACAUGCUGUACCUAUCUUUUCACUCCCACAAGAAUGGCUGUGGUGUGAGUCAUGGUGUGGUAAUUCCACAAAAUCAAAGGCCAAAACAAUUGAUCUUUGCAACAAUCCUAUGACAAAGGAACCAAAGCUUCAGGGUGCUAGAAGAAUAGUUUCAGAGUGGCCAGAUCUCGAUUUAGAAGCAAGACAGUUCACUGCAAAGAUCUUAGGUGAUCAAUUGGAUGAACUCACAGGGGCCACACCGUCUCCGAAUGAGUCACAGACUUCAGUAGCGGAUCAUUCAUCAGAGGACGUUGAAUCUAAGGCAGAAUUGUGAGAAUAUAUAUGGUAACGAAGAAUAUUUGCUUCAUUUACUAUAACCCAUUGCAGCUCUGGUAGUUCUCACCAAUACAUAAUUAUACCUCAAGGUAGUGGCCUUUGAAAACCAUAAAUCUCUACUAAAUAUUAGAUAUUUUCCCCAAAGCCUAGUUAUACAGAGAAGAGAAGAAAUGCCUUAGUGUCCAAUUUUUGUUAAACAUUUUCCUACUGGCUUAAGAAAAAUGGCCCAAAUGAAAGGAAUUUUGAAGUCAAUUUAUUAUGGAUAGAUUUUUACUAAUAACACAUAGGCAUUUUGGUUAACUUGCUCUAUUUGAGCUUGAAGGCAAUGUAAUUUAGAACUUUAAUUUUGGUGUACCAUUUAGUGAUUGAAAUUUACAUAUACUCUUUUAUCUACUA